AUGGCCCGGCUAGUACGCCGCCGACCUGUGGCGGAACGCAUCAAAUCUUACUUGAAUCCGUUGGACUUCUUGCUCUGGUUAUCGGAAGAGAUCGAUGCCAAUGAUUGGGAUCAGUUUGAAAAAAACUGGGCGCUCACGCUGGGUGUGAUCCUAAAUAUUGCGUUCCUGAUUGCGAGAGCCAACAGUCAGUCAAGUGGCAGUCGGGCUGUAGAUGAUGUUUUUGGUGAUGAGGGUAGUGCUCCUUGGUCGAGCUGGUUUGCCUCCUUCGUCGUUCAUCUGCUAGUUUGUUUUGUCGCUUUGAACACAUUUUACACUUUCUACCGCAAGCGACAUUAUCGCAUGUUCGAAGCCUCGAUUGACCAGACCCCUGCAACACCUUCUGCUCACCGUGUGCAUGUCGAUUCCACCCCCGUGACAGCUUCACCGCUGCGAUACCUGGCUCAAGCCAUAUCUAGUUCGGCCCAGUCAAGGGCGCACCCCAGUGCGCAACGGGAUGUCUGGGAGCUUGCAGUUUGGGACCCCUUACCGAUCUGUGUGCGCCUAUUCUGUUUGUUCAGUCCUGGACAUGUCCUUGUUUACUUGCUUUUCCUACCUACGCAGCUAUCGGAUCCACAGCCGAGUGUAACCAUUGUAACAGCUAUCUUCCUUACGGGCCUGCUUUCGGUGCAGAUGAGUUUCCUCUCAUCAUCUUUCACCCAACAAGCGAAAGACUCGGCAUUGGUCCAUAAAGAGGUGCUGAAGGAGUACGAUGUCAAAUACGUACACCCCCGAACCCAGCCUUUGAUGCGAGAUGUCAGCACUCAGUUCUCCUACAAGGACGCUGCUCAAUCUGGCUCUGAUGCUAAGAACAACAAGGUCGACACGUUCACUCCGACCUUCAUCGUCCAUCGGGGAUUCAAGACGAGUCCCAAUCCAAAUUAUGUCAGCCACGUCGAUCCUGAAGGAUUGUCUUCGGGCCGUCAACCACUAGCUGCUACGCCUCCGGGGUCUUCUCAGUAUCAAGGACCCUUACAGACGCCCAGCCAUUUGCGAGAUGCAUCUCCUGUUGUUCGGAAGCCUAUUUCUUCAAUCCGCCAGCCACAGUUCCGUAAAACUCCAACGGGCACUGGAGACGGUGGUAGCCUCGGCAUAUAUUCCCAUGCCAAUUCGCCGCUAAGAAGGUCAACAUCUACAAGCUUUGACCGCCGUCUGCAAAGCAACGCGGAUUUCUUCUACAAAGAACGGGGGACAAGUGCAAUGAAGCGACCAUCAAGCCCUCUCAAGAGGAGCAAUGUGCCUGGGAGUGUGAGUCCCCUUGCAUCCACACCAAGACGGAGUCAGGGUGAUGCACGCCGCGAAACAGGAUACUACUAG